CCGUGAAGGGAAAGGCACAGUGAGGGGAAAAGCGCCGUGAGGAGGAAAAAGGCACCGUGAGGGCAAAGGCGCCCUGAGGGGACAGCGCCGUGAGGGAACGGUGCCGGUGCCGGUGCCGUGAGGGAACAGCUCCCUGAGGGGGAUGGCGGGAAUGGCGCUUCCAAGGAUUCCCUGGAAUUUUCCCGCUCUCUGCUGGCUCUUGGCCGUGCCUAUCUCCGGCUCCCUGGCCUUGGAAUGCCAGGAGCACCAAUACAGCUUCCAUGACAAAUGCUGCAGCGACUGUGCCCCAGGGGAGAGGAUGCGGAGUCGCUGCACGGCCUCGGCCGACACCGUGUGCUCGCCAUGCCAGGACGGAUAUUUCAGCUCCCAGCACCACCACGGCUUCUGCAAAAGCUGCACCAUCUGCAACGCCCGGAAGGGCAGCGUGGAGGUGAAGCCGUGUGAGAAAACCUCAGACAGGGUCUGUGCGUGCCAGGCCGGAUUCCAGCCUGCGGGGGCUGUUCCUGUGGGAAGGGAGUGCUCCCGAUGUCCUGAAGGGACUUUCUCCAGAGGAGGGAACAAGAACUGCCAGCCUUGGACCAACUGCAGCAGUGUUGGGAGGAUGACGCUCCGGGCUGGCACGGGCACAGAGGACGCCCAGUGCAGCAGCAAAAACGGGGAUCCCUCUCCUGUGGAAUUCCCAGAAAACAGGGAUCCCUCUCCCACGGGAUUCCCAGAAAACAGGGACCCCUCUCCCACGGGACUCCCUGAGAACAGCUCCAGGGCAGGCAGCCCCAGGGACAUCCCCGCGGUUUGUCGGGACCCCGGCGGUGCCACGGAGCCUGCGUGGGGCUCUUUAUCCCUGCUCCUGCUGUGCCUGCUCCUGCUGAUGGUGAGUGGAAUUUCCAUCCUGCUCCUGAUCAUCCAGGCAGCCCAGAAAAAAACCAGGAAUGGGCCUGGGAGGAGCACCCAGCACAAGGAGAGGAGCUGCAGGAUUCCCAUCCAGGAGGAGCAGAUCGAUUCCAACUCCAGCCUGAUCAAAAACUGACACCAGAACUCCCACCCUGGCCUGGUCCUGCUCUUCUGAGCCCAGGGAGCGCUGGGGAUAAUUAGGAUUUGCUUAAUUAGGAGUUAAUUGGAGGCUGGUUUAACUACUUGAUUAACUCAAGAUCUCCCUUUGGAAUUUGGGAGAAUUCCUGAGGAAAUUUUCUGUGGAUUUUUUUUCCCUUUGGGCAAAUCCUUGAGCUCUAAAAUCAGGAUUAAAUGGCAAAGCUGGGCUCUAAAAUCAGGAUUAAAUGGCAAAGCUGGGCUCUGAAAUCAGGAUUAAAUGGCAAAGCUGGGCUCUGAAAUCAGGAUUAAAUGGCAAAGCUGGGCUCUGAAAUCAGGAUUAAAUGGCAAAGCUGGGCUCUGAAAUCAGGAUUAAAUGGCAAAGCUGGGCUCUGAAAUCAGGAUUAAAUGGCAAAGCUGGGCUCUGAAAUCAGGAUUAAAUGGCAAAGCUGGGCUCUGAAAUCAAGAUCAAGUGGCAGAUCUGAGCUCUAAAAAAACCAAACCAGGAUCAAGUGACAAAGCUGAGUUCUAAAUCAGGAUUAAGUCAAUCCACACUUCACCAAAUGAAUUUUUCCUCUCUAAUUGCAUUCCCACAAAUUGGGACAGGAGAUUUUUUGGGAGCAAAUCCCAAACUCUGGAAUGUCUGGGAGGAGCCUGAAGUGUCCUUUUGCUGAAUUUGAAAUGUUUCCCUGGAAAUUCCAGAAAAAUUGAUUUUUUUAUCAUUUGGGAGAGAUUUUCCCUCCAACUAUCAGCAGAAAACUCCUCAAAAAAUGGGAAUUUUAAACCCAUAUCCCAAAAUAUCCCAAAACAUCCAGCAGGGAAUGGAUGCAGGGAUCCCAGAGGUGUUUAAAUCCAUGGAUUUGGAAGAUGUGGGAUUUUCUUUAUAUGUUAUACAUAUCCAAAGGGGUUUAUACAAUGUAUAGGAAGGUUUGUAUCGUGUACAAAGGGGCAUUUGGGGGAAUAAAAUUCUGGAAAAACAAA